AAACUUCAACUCCCUCAGCAAAGAAAAUGUGUACGAGAACAACAAGUUGGCAUUUCGAGUAGCAGAGGAGGAGCUAGGGAUCCCAGCCUUGCUGGAUGCAGAGGAUAUGGUUGCUCUGAAGGUACCAGACAGGCUGAGCAUCCUCACCUAUGUUUCCCAGUAUUAUAACUACUUUCAUGGACGGUCUCCUAUUGGAGGCAUGGCUGGAAUCAAGCGUCCUUCCUCUGAACCUCAGGAGCAGCCUCUUGGAAAGAAAGCUGUUUCAGAGCCUCCUAAGCCAGUGCCACCUAAACUGCCUCCUGCUCACCCACCAGCCAGAGCUAAGGCAAAAGAAGCCUCCCCAGUCACCACGAAAGGUGUCCUGGCAGAGAGUGGGAAUAUCCCUAGCAGCAGCUGUGGGAUCUGCGGGAACCAUGUACACCUGGUGCAGCGCUACUUGGUCGAUGGGAAACUCUAUCACAGGAACUGCUUCAGGUGCAGACAGUGUUGGAACGUGCUUCUUCCUGGAAGCUACAAAGCUGGGCCUGAGCCCGGUACGUUCAUCUGUACCAGCCACCAGCAGCCAGACAACAUCCAGAUCUCUGGUCUCCACAGCACCAGGAACAAACCUGAGAGUACCCCAGCCCCUCUUGCUGCCAGGGCAUUCCAGAAAGCAGCAGAACCCAAGAAACCAGAGCAGGUGUUGAAGAAACCCAGCCAGGAAGGCCUUGCUAAUUCAACCAAGCCAUCUGUUUCAUUUUCUGGAAGCUCUGGCUUCAAAAGUGUAAAUACUCCAUGGUCCUCUCCAGCUGUAAAUAAAUCAGGUGACUGCAGAAGUACCCCGUUGGGAAAUAAAACAGAUCACCGUGAAGGUACCCCAUCAAGGCCUCUUGGGACAUCCUCUGCAACAAAAACACAGCAAGCCCGAGAAAAUUUUUUUCAGUCUGUAGAGUCCACUGGCAAUAAAACCUCUGACACUAGAAAACAAGUCCUUUCUUCUCAUGGCCCUGGUAAAACCGCCCCUGCCAGGACCACUACUGAGGUCAGUCCAGUGAGUGCUGAGAAGGAUCAGGCACGUAACAAUAUUAUACAAGCUCUGGCUGGAUCAAAAACCUCUCCAAACAGGCCAGGAGGACUCAAUUCUACUGGCUUCUCAGCAUCCAGCAGUGGCAAGUUUUCUUCCACCAGUUCUCAGUGGCAAAGUCCAGCUCUAAAAGCACAGUCUAGCAAAACAGGGUACACAGCACUGAAACAGGAAAAGACCACAGACCCUCUGCCCAAGAGCCAGGCUGCCAGCAAACCUGUUGAUUUUGUGCACAAGCCAGAGUUCAAGGGCAUGAAAGGGAGUGCAGAUGUUGAAGACAAGUCUGAGAGCCCAGCAGAGUGGAGAUCUCGGUUGAAGCCUGUAACCAGCAAAGACCAAGGUGGCUCUAAGAAACCUGCUGAUAACUCCCAGGUGGGAACAGGGAGCCCAGCACAGAAGGAGACAAAACCGAGUCCAUUAGUUGUCCCGUCAGCAAAGCAGGACUCUGCUUCAUCUGGUGGAUUCAUGAAGAAGAAGUUGAUCCCCAGCUCAGAUCUUAUCAUGAGCUGUCAGAAUUUAAAGCAAGGCUGGGAAGACUCUAGGGGCUCUGCAAAGGAGGAAGAGAGCAACCAGUUGAAGAAAAGCUCUACCACAUUUAAACCCUCUGUUCCGAAAAGCAUCCAGAGCCCUGAAGUCCAGUCCCCAACCAAGCUGCACCCAGACUACCUCUCCGAGGAGGAAAUCCAGGCGAAGGUGCGUGACAUCGAGAAGCAGCUGGAUGAGCUGGAGUUGAAAGGAGUGGAUCUGGAGAAGCAGCUGCGUGGCUGCGAGGGAGAUGAGUCUGAGGAUGCCCUCAUGGUGGAUUGGUUCAAACUGAUCCAUGAGAAACAGCUGCUGCUCAGGCAGGAAUCGGAGCUGAUGUAUAAGAUGAAACAGCAGAAGCUGGAGGAACAGCAGUGGAACAUUGAGCUGGAGCUGCGACACAUCAUGAACAAGCCAGAGGAACUGAAGACACCCAGGGAGAAGGAACGAGAGAAGGAGCUGCUGGAGUCGUACCUGAACACAGUCAAUGAUCGGAAUAAUAUUGUGGAGUGCCUGGAUGAGGACAGACUCAGAGAGCAAGAGGAGGACCAGAUGUUGGCAGACAUGAUCCAGAGGUUGGAUGGAUCUCUUGAGAGCCAGGAGCCGGAGAAGAAGAAGAACAAGUUCCGCUUGUCUAAAAUAUGGAAGCAGAAAAAUAAGAGUAACACAUAG